AUGUCCGUCGAAUUUGAAAUCCAACGGCUGAGAAAUCCAUAUCACGGCAAAUUACCAAAGAACUGCCACUGGUGGGCGGUGGCCGGCCGCGCCCAGAAAAACGAGUCGCACGACUCGUCCCUCUCCUUCGCUCGAUCCCCCACCUCCACACUCGCGCUCGCGAUAGGGUUACAGGGCCGCCGCCGCCGCCGCGCCGCCCGACAGCCCGCCCCUCCCGCUCGCCUGAAGCCGCUGCUCUCGCCCGCCCGCUCGCUUCGAGGCCCGCAGCCGUUGCUCCGCCCCGGCCACUCCUUCCCCGCUUGCUCGCCUCGAGGCCCUCAGCCGCUACUCCGCCUCGGCCGCUGGCCUCGACACCCGACGCCGCCUCGCCGGAGUUUGCUCGGGCCGUCGCCUAGGCUGAGCUCUCAUCCCCUCUCUGUCUUCUCUGUUCUGUUCUGGGAAGCUGAUUUUGGGGGAAGUUUCUCAAAAGCUGAUUUUGGAGAAUUAAUGCCCAUAGUUCUGAGUAUUGGCAGACUGCGCGACGGCUAUUUUGCGGCGGCGGAGGGAUAUGUGCAUUAUUUUGUCUCUGCAUAGUAGUGAUUUGAAUUUGAUAAGUAUAGGCAUAAGAGGGGAGAUUGGAGGCGGUUGAGAUGCAAAUCCUCUCACGCUCGAUUACUCGAAGCGUCAGCAGGGUUGCCUCUACUCUGCCUCGCUGCUGGUUUCCAGCACUUGCGCGAGGCGAUGCUCCACUCAAGGCUUUAGCACGGGCCUAUCGAAAUCAACAUCUUGAUUGUCUUUUCCUUGAGAAGAGUACACUGAAUUGGCUGCGCCAAUUCUUCAUACAUGGCGUGAAUGAGAGGAAGACUAAUAAUGCAGCAGAGGCUAGUUUAACUGAAGAUAUGCUACCUCUUAAACA